UUUAGAGUUUCUUUUGGACGGUCUGGUCAGGUCAAGAGAAGCAAAAUGACAACGUACACAGACAAAGGUGAAAAGCAUGAUCAGGGCAGGUUCCUCUGCUUUGAUCACCUAACGUUCUGGGUUGGAAAUGCCAAACAGGCUGCAUCAUAUUAUUGUAACAAACUGGGGUUUGAGCCUUUGGCCUACCAGGGUUUGGAGACAGGCAGCCGGGAUGUGGUGUCCCAUGCAGUCAAACAAGGAAAGAUCGUUUAUGUGUUCUCAUCAGCCCUCAAUCCUGGAAACAAAGCGAUGGGUGAACAUUUGGUCAAACAUGGGGAUGGAGUGAAGGACAUUGCGUUUACAGUGGAGGACUGUGACUACCUAGUACAGAAAGCCCGUGAGCGAGGUGCAAUUAUUUUAAAGGAGCCAUUCACCUUAGAGGACAAGUUUGGUAGAGUACGACUGGCUGUGCUGCAGACGUAUGGUGACACCACACACACAUUCGUGGAGAGAACAGGAUACAAAGGUUUAUUUCUGCCAGGUUUCCACCCCCCUCUCUUCAAGGACCCUUUGCUGAACAAACUACCAAGUGGAAAGCUGAACUUCAUUGAUCAUGUUGUGGGGAACCAACCAGAUGAUGAGAUGGUUCCAGUGGUGGAAUGGUAUCAGAGAAACCUACUUUUCCAUCGGUUCUGGUCAGUGGAUGACAAGCAGCUUCAGACUGAGUUCAGUGCCCUGCGCUCUAUUGUCGUAGCAAACUAUGAGGAGACUGUGAAGAUGCCCAUCAAUGAGCCCGCCAUGGGAAAGAGAAAGUCCCAGAUCCAGGAGUAUGUGGAGUACUACGGAGGCCCAGGAGUGCAGCACAUUGCCAUGAACACAUCAGAUAUCAUCACUGCAAUCCGUAAUCUGAAGGAACGUGGGAUGGAGUUCAUGUCUGUACCGGACACUUACUACGAGCAGCUGAGGGAGAACCUGAAACACUCAAAGGUCAAAGUGGAAGAGGACCUGGACACUCUGCAGGAGCUGAAGAUUUUGGUGGACUACGACGACAACGGAUAUUUACUUCAGAUCUUCACCAAACCGGUCCAGGAUCGCCCCACUGUGUUUCUAGAAGUCAUUCAGAGACACAACCACCAGGGCUUUGGGGCUGGGAACUUCAAGUCUCUUUUUGAGGCCAUUGAAGCAGACCAGCAUGCAAGAGGAAAUCUGACUAUCCUGACUCCUAAUGGAGUAUCAAAGAGCAUGUGAUCCCAGUGUUACUAUCGCUUUCAACUUUUAAAAUGUCUACGGCGACUAUCACUUUACUGAGCAGACACUGUCUAUUGAAGCUCCUGUGUACCUAAGAGUUUGAUACUGAUACCAUCAAUGCUCUGAUACUGAGAUACACAAUAUUAAUGCACAAAGUAUGUUUAUUGAGUCUGAUACGAUUCCUUUUUUUCUGCAUGUUUAUUACAAUGUCCCUUUUAUAUUAUGUGCUGGUUCAUGACAUGUUCUCAUGGUCUUUAUGAUGAAGCAUUUUAUGUGAGACUGUAUCACAAAUGCAGUAAAAUACACGACUUAUUGUAUGAUUCAUCAUCCAAUGGGUUCUUUUUGAACAGUGUAAACAGAACUAUGAUAGACACAAGCUUGACUCAAGCAAAACAUCAUUUAAGCUCUCAUAAAUGAAAACAUUUAACCAUACAUUUAUAUCAACAGUUGUCAUGAGUUCAUAGUCCAAAGUAGUGUUUUUAUCAUUUCAUCUCAAAUGUCCUUUAAUAAAAUAAAGCUCCAGGUACUUGG